UCACUAUUCUCUCUUUUUUCAUUGGACAAAAAAUUAAAACUCUUUCUCUCGUCUAGUCUCUUCCCUAACCUACAAACAAACUCACCAUUCCCUUCCUCUCUCUCACUUGUCCCCAUCAAAAGCUAAAACUCUUCUUGUGUUGUCACACUUUACUAUUCUACUUCUCUCCUCCUUUCUUCACCUGUGAUGAUUUCAUAUUAAUUGAUUCACUCACUCAACAUUACCUGAAAAGCUUAACUUUAUUAGAGAUAGAGAGAGAGAAAUAGUUUGUUUUUGAAGUUUUUUCAGCUGAGAAAGGACAAUCAUGGAGGAGGUUGAAGCCACCGCCGUUUCUCAACAUCCACCCCGUCGUGUUCUUCUUAUAUCAGCCGGUGCAAGCCAUUCCGUUGCUCUUCUCUCUGGAAAUGUUGUUUGCUCGUGGGGUAGGGGAGAGGAUGGACAAUUGGGUCAUGGUGAUACCGUUGAUAGACUUUUGCCUACUCAACUCAGUGCAUUGGAUGCUCAACAAAUUGUCUCUGUUGUGUGUGGAGCUGAUCACACCAUUGCUUAUUCUGAGUCACGCGUUGAAGUAUAUAGUUGGGGAUGGGGUGACUUUGGACGGUUGGGUCAUGGUAAUUCUAGUGAUUUGUUCAUUCCUCAGCCUAUUAGAGCAUUACAAGGACUGAGGAUAAGGCAAAUUGCUUGCGGGGAUAGCCACUGUUUGGCAGUUACCAUGGAAGGCGAGGUUCAGAGUUGGGGGAGGAAUCAAAAUGGUCAACUUGGACUUGGAACCACAGAGGACUCACUUGUGCCACAAAAGAUUCAAAAGUUUCAGGGAAUACCUAUCAAAAUGGUUGCUGCUGGUGCUGAACAUAGUGUAGCCAUCACUGAAAAUGGAGAGCUGUACGGAUGGGGCUGGGGCCGAUACGGAAACUUGGGAUUGGGAGAUAGAAAUGAUCGUUGUAUUCCGGAGAAAGUUUCUGUUGAUUUGCAGUGUGACAAGAUGGUCAUGGUUGCUUGUGGCUGGCGGCAUACAAUAUCUGUUUCAUCUUCUGGUGGUCUAUACACAUAUGGAUGGAGCAAAUACGGCCAACUAGGACAUGGAGAUAACGAGGAUUAUCUUGUGCCUCACAAGCUUCAAGCCUUGAGUGAUAAACUAAUUUCUCAGGUAGCAGGUGGUUGGAGGCAUACUAUGGCACUCACGACUGGUGGACUACUUUAUGGAUGGGGCUGGAAUAAGUUUGGACAGGUUGGAGUCGGUGACAAUGUUGAUCGCAACUCUCCUGCGCAAGUGAAGUUUCCCCAUGAUCAGAAAAUUGUUCAGAUCUCAUGUGGGUGGAGACACACAAUUGCUGUUACUGAAAGAAACAAUGUAUAUUCUUGGGGAAGAGGCACAAAUGGGCAACUUGGAAUUGGGGAUACCAUUGACUGGAAUUCUCCAAAGAUUAUUGAGGCUUUGAGUGUUGAUGGAUCUUGUGGGCAGCACAUAGAAUCCUCAAACACAGAUCAAUUAUCAGGAAAAACCUUCGCCUCCUUAGCUGAGAGAUAUGCAGUUGUACCAGAUGAAGCUGCGUCGGUGCAGACUGCUAAUAUAAACAAUGUAGAUAGGCUCGACCUUAGUGUCCCCGAAAGUGAUGUCAAACGGAUCCGAGUUUGAUAUACUAAAAUAUCUCCAUUUUACAAGAACGGUGCAUCUGAUCUGAUCAAUGUUAUGCCUCAUCAGUCCAUGAGGAUCAGUUUCCACUUCAUUUUGGUUGUUAACAUGAUUAUUGUAAAGUAAAUAUAUAGCCCUUAUUAUGAGAAAUAUUGCAUGUGAAAUCACUCUUCUAUAUAUAUAUAUAGUAUUAUCAAUUAGCAAGAACACAUUUAUGACA